AUGCCUUACGCCUUGUCUAAAUCACACCAAGAAUUGGUAGAGGGACACUUAAAGGACAUUGAUCCUGAAGUCGAUCAAAUCAUCAAAGCUGAAAUCGAUAGACAAAAGCACUCUAUCGUUUUAAUUGCCUCUGAGAAUUUCACUUCGAGGGCUGUCUUCGAUGCUUUGGGAACGCCUAUGUCUAACAAGUACUCCGAGGGUUACCCUGGUGCUAGAUACUAUGGUGGUAAUGAGCAGAUUGACAAAAUGGAAAUUUUGUGUCAAGAGAGAGCCUUGAAGGCUUUCAAUGUAACUCCUGAUAAAUGGGGUGUUAAUGUCCAAACUUUGUCCGGCUCCCCAGCCAAUUUACAAGUUUACCAGGCUUUGAUGAAGCCUCACGAAAGAUUGAUGGGCUUGGACUUGCCCCAUGGUGGACACUUGUCUCAUGGAUAUCAAACUGAUUCCAGAAAGAUCUCUGCCGUUUCUACAUACUUCGAGACCAUGCCUUACAGAGUUGACUUGAGUACUGGCUUGAUUGACUACGAUAUGUUGGAAAAGACAGCAAUUUUGUACAGACCCAAGAUUUUGGUAGCUGGUACUUCUGCCUACUGUCGUUUGAUCGACUACAAGAAGAUGAGGGAGAUUGCCGACAAAGUCGGAGCUUACUUGGUUGUUGAUAUGGCACAUAUCUCUGGUCUUAUUGCAGCUGGUGUGAUUCCAUCACCUUUCGAAUACGCAGAUGUGGUUACAACCACUACUCACAAGUCUUUGAGAGGUCCCAGAGGUGCAAUGAUCUUUUUCAGAAGAGGAGUUAGAUCUGUUAAUCCAAAGACCGGUCAAGAAAUUAUGUACGACUUGGAAAACCCUAUCAACUUCUCAGUCUUCCCUGGUCAUCAAGGUGGACCACACAACCACACCAUUGCCGCUUUGGCAACCGCGUUGAAGCAGGCAGCUACCCCAGAGUUCAAGCAGUAUCAAGAAUUGGUUUUGAAGAAUGCGAAGGUCUUGGAGCAGGAAUUCAAAGCUAAAGGAUACAAUUUGGUUUCUGAUGGAACUGAUUCUCAUAUGGUCUUGGUGUCUUUGAAAGACAAGCAAAUCGAUGGUGCCAGAGUUGAGACCAUUUGUGAGAACAUCAACAUUGCCUUGAACAAGAACUCUAUUCCUGGCGAUAAGUCCGCGUUGGUUCCUGGUGGAGUGAGAAUUGGUGCUGGUGCUAUGACCAGUAGAGGCAUGGGUGAGGAGGAGUUCAAAAAGAUUGUGUCCUAUAUUGAUUUCGCAGUUUCCUAUGCUAAGGAGUUGCAAUCAAGCUUACCAAAAGAAGCCAACAAAUUGAAGGACUUCAAAGCAAAAGCAUCGGAAGGCGAUCCAAAAUUGGACUCUGUUAAGCAAGAAAUCUAUGCUUGGGUUGGCGAUUUCCCACUUGCUGUUUAG